AUGGUAGACAGUUCACACUCCUCUGGAUCUGCAGCAGCUGGCGUGUCUGUGUGUUUCUCUCGCUGCAGGAGCGUUCAGGAUGUUGAGAAGCCUCAGAUCUCGUCCUGCAGUAAAGGAGACGCGUCCCAACACUACCGCAGCUCACCCAGUAACCAGUCGUCCUCCAGCGACCCGGGACCCUGCGCAAGCACCAGCUGGAACCAGCAGCCGGGAUACGACGGGUGUCAGUCUCCUGUGCUCCACGAGUGCUCGGCUGAAGCCCAGGGCAUGCUGGGAGACGGGGAGAUGCUGAGGGAGAGAGAGCCGACUCUCGAGAGGACACGCUCUGCAGAGGCGAAGUGGCACGUCCCUUCCACCAAGAUCCAGGGCGGCGAUAAGAACUCCAGCCACUCCAGCAGUAACACUCUGUCCAGCAACGCCUCCAGCAGUAACAGUGAUGAGAAGCACUUCGGCUCCGGGGACCUGAUGGAUCCAGAGAUGCUGGGUCUCACCUACAUCAAAGGAGCCUCCACAGACAGCGGCAUUGACACCGCGCCCUGUAGCAUGACCCCGGGGGUCGCCAGUGCGUCUGUGGCCCGCGUCAUGCUCCAGGGUCACGGGGUGUCUGAUCCGGGACACCCUUGGACACCGGAACUGACAGAAGAAGGGUCCACGGAGGAAGACCACGGCAGGUUGUACUUUCCCCAGAGCUACGGCGCAGCUCUUGCCCCCGGACACGCGCCCGCGGACGGGAGUAUGGGAGACCUGAGCGAGACCUCGUCUCAUUCUAGUGGAGCCGAGAGCUUGUUGUCUUUCCUUCUGAAGGCUCUAGCCGAGCGGUCCAGUAUUAUUAAGGAUAUUCCAGAAGAACUGAAGCUGUGCAUGGAAAUGUCUGUCAUUGUUUUCCCUGUGGACACCUGUCAGCCCAAGGCUGAGCCUGAGUCUGGGUCUGUGGCGGUGGCGGCGGCGGGCAGCCCGUCUCCGCGGCGUUCCCUGUACCGGACUCUCUCAGACGAGAGCGUGUGCAGUAACAGGAAGGGGUCGUCCUAUGCCAGCUCGCGGAGCUCCAUGCUGGACCAGGCCAUGCCCAACGACAUCCUGUUCAGCAGCACUCCACCCUACCACAGCACCCUGCCCCCCCGCAUCAGCCUCAGCCAGCCCACAUCUAACCUCAAGAAUGAGUUCUGGUUCUCUGACAGCUCGCUGGCCGACCGCUCGAAGUUCAGCGACCCGGGUCUCAUGCCUCUGCCGGACACCGCCACGGGCCUGGACUGGUCUCACCUCGUGGACGCCGCCAGAGCCUUUGAAGACCAGCGCGUGGCCUCGUUCUGCACCAUGACGGACAUGCAGAGAGCCGAAGCGCUGCAGAUCUCGCGUGAGCUCACCAGACGCGUGGCAGCCGCUGAGGGAGCUGCACUGGAGGCCGGCGAUACGUCUCCAGCCACGCUGACGGGUAAAGUCAAUCAGCUGGAGGUCAUCCUGAGACAGCUGCAGUAUGACCUGAAGAAGGUAAACUGUCCCGUCCUGAUGGAAAACAAUAACGGUUAUUUAGGUUCACCAUAGAUGAU